AUGAGUGCAAUAUAUGAGUCCACGUACGGGUUGUCGAGCAAUGAGGAAAUUGGAUGUGGACUGAUCGACUGCACGAAAAAUUGUGGAAGGCCUUCAUAUUCCAUAAAAGAGUGGCAGUGCGAAAAUAACAACAAUUUCAACAAUUCGUUGACUGCUCGUUGUGAGGGUGAAAAACAAUGCUACGAUACAAAAACCAAACAAAACUUUUACAACAACAAAAUCGUGGAUUCAAUAAAUGCAGUCGACACGUCCUUCCGAGAACGAUUGAGAGACAUUGACUUUUGGAAACAAGAACUCAAGAAAUCACUUCAAACAAACAUAAAAGAGACCGGAGAUCUGCGUGGGCAACGAGACCGACUGCGAUUGGCUCUUCUUUCAAUGGAUUUGCCCACACAGAUAAACAUGGAUAACUGCAACUGCAAAAGAAUGAAAAACACAUCUGAAAUAUUCGACGACCAGGUGGAGGAAUUGCUAUUAAAGGUAUGGUUAGGGACUAAUGGUAAGGAGUGUUGUCUCCUCAACUCGUCAAAACAAAUAAUAGGGAAGACAUUGGAUGAUUGUGAGAGUCAGAUUACGUAA